AUGAGGGUAUCCGGGCUUGUAGCAUCUCUAAGUCUGCUAGCGCAGUCAGGGGCUGCGGUUGAAUUAGUUCUUGGGGACUAUGACUCUGUCAAAUCCGCCGCAAGCACAAUAGCCUUCGGGCUGGUCAAGUACUACACGGGCAACAACACAGGCGAUACGCCAGGCAACCUCCCCGACCCAUAUUUCUGGUGGGAAGCCGGCGCGAUGUUUGGGACGUUGAUCGAAUAUUGGGCGUUGACCGGGGACGAGACGUACAACGACAUCACUUCGCAAGCAAUGCUUCACCAGGCCACAGAGAAGGGCGACUUCAAGCCUCCAAACCAGACUCGCACGCUCGGCAACGAUGACCAAGGGUUCUGGGGGAUGGCAGCCCUGUCCGCGGCCGAGCUCAACUUCCCCAACCCCCCCUCAGACCAGCCGCAGUGGCUCGCGAUGGCCCAGUCGCUAUUCAACCAGUACGCAUCACGAUGGGACGAGGCCGACUGCGGGGGUGGACUACGCUGGCAGAUCUUCACGUUCAACAACGGAUUCAACUACAAGAACUCCAUCUCCAACGGCUGCUUCUUCAACGUGGCCGCGAGGCUUGCGCGGUACACGGGCAACGCCACAUACGCCGAGUGGGCCGACAAGAUCUACAAGUGGCAGGAGACCGUCGGGCUGAUCGCGGCGGACCACACGGUGCGCGACGGCGUGCACAUCAACCCAGCCGACAAAACCUGCGCCAGCAUGGACCAGAACGAAUGGACCUACAACUCAGGCAUCUUCCUCCACGGCGCAUCCGUCAUGUACAACUACACCGCCGACGGCGGCCCAUCCCCCGGAGUCGGCGCCGAUACCUGGCGCACCCGCGUCGACGGCCUCCUCCAAGCCGCAUCCACCACCUUCUUCCACAACAACAACACCAACCCCAACACCGAUGCCAGCCAGAAUAACAACCCCAACGGCGUCCUUGUCGAACAACUCUGCGAACCCUCCGGCUUCUGCAACAACGACCAACGCAGCUUCAAAGGCCACCUCACCCGCUGGCUAGCCCGCACCGCCCAAAUGGCCCCCCACACCCAAUCCACCAUCCGCCCGCUCCUCGAAACCGACGCCUCCGCCGCCGCAGCCGCCUGUGUCGGUUCCCCUCCAGCACCGGCCUUCAAAGGCCAGCCGGGCACGGCGUGCGGGUUCCGCUGGACAACGGGCGGGUUUGAUGGGAGUGUGGGGGUCGGCGAGCAGAUGAAUGCGCUGAGCGCAGUGAUGUACACGCUUGUAACCGGUGAUGGGAAUGGGAACGGGGGACCCGGGGCGACGGGGGGGGCCGCGGCGGGCGCGCCGGUGACGGCUGAUACCGGGGGGACCUCGAAGGGGGAUCCGGCUGCGGGAACGCAGGAGGAUCAGGUUGGGCGGUUGACGGGGUUUGGGUUCAAGGAGAUUACGUUGGGGGAUCGGGUGGCGGCCGGGUUUGCGACGUCGGCUAUUGCGUUGGGGGUGGUGGCUGGGUGUGCGUUUGUUAUUGUUUAG